GUAGGCGAGAUUGCAGGGGACCAGCUCACAUCGAGGAGUUGCUAUCAGACCACAGUCAGUAACAACAAACAUAUGGCGGAAAGGCAGUCGAAAGGUAAGGAAGUGAGGCCUGAUCGACCGGGAGGGUCACGAGUGAAAGAAGAGAGAGGAGGACAAGGCAAGGGGAAGGAGAAGAUAGACAUACAGCCCGGAGAGGAGAUUGAGGAAAUCCAAAUGGUGCAGGGAUGCGAUGACCGAAAAUUCAGAAUUGGGAAAGAUUUGGGUGAGCCAAUCAGAUCGAAGUUGAUCAAUUUGAUAAGGGAAUUUACGGAUGUCUUCGCGUAUACAACGGAUGAAUUAACGGGGAUCGAAGCCAGGGUGAUCGAGCACAGACUUAAUGUUGAUCUCAGUGUGAGACCAGUGAAGCAAAAGAGAAGGCAUCAUGGAGCAGAAAUGGACAAAAUCAUCGAGCAGGAGGUUGACAAGCUGAUGAACGCUGGGCACAUCCGGAAGAUUCAAUUCCCCGAGUGGUUAUAUAACACU